GAGUGAGGCUCUGAUGAUCAAUGCUUAGUACUACGUGACGACUGGAUCGACAGGGAUCGUAUCCGACCAGAUCAAAGGAGCCAAGAAAGCAACACGGCAUGGAUAAUUGGCAUAACGCCCUUUUAUGGAUGAGUUGGUUUUUUGGGUUGUGUGUUUUGCUAUACGUUUGCACCGUAAGGGCCAGUCUUAAGCAGUGGAAAGGGCGGUUUGGGCAAGCGGUAACAUUGAAGCCGAAUCCAGCAGGAAACUUGCCCGUAUCGGUAUAUGUAAUUGAACCCGACACAAAGCAUGGACCAUGCAUUGUUCAUUUAAAUUACGACAGUUUGUUGAAAGACUCGAAGCCUUCGAAACCGAAACUAGAACUCCUUGAUACCGUUCAGCACGGAAGUACGGUUAAUUUAGUUGGCGAUAUUUGAUAGCAAUUUAUUUAGUGUGAUUUAGUGUUGCAUAGGAUAGUAGUAGUAAUAUUUAACGUAAUAAAAAUUAAACCCGCUUCAACAAUCAUUCCUGCGUGUCGGCGACCUAGACGUUUGCCACCCAACAAGAUCAGCUGUCAUCGUGAACUGUCAUCGCGCGGAAUAACAACGAAGCAAAACAACGAAUAGUGGUGAUUGGUUUUCCCCCGAAAGAGAAGCUGCUAGAAACCGUUGGUGCAUGCUCAUCAAGCCGGCGCCAGCUUACUGAUUAUCUCUGGCGCAUCCACUCCAUCUGCUGCUGCCGCCUAUGUACGGCGUAAAUCAAUCCGCAAUUAAUUUUUCAUCAUGAUUCAAGGCUACGGCUCGGUCACUCAAGCCCUACUGGGGACGCUUUUAACAUGGGGGUUAACGGCCCUUGGAUCCGGGCUGGUGGUAUUGCUGAGAGGUAAUCAACGGAAAUCGUUGGAUAUAUCUCUUGGCUUCGCAGCCGGCGUCAUGAUUGCAGCCUCGUUUUGGUCCUUACUUGCACCAGCGAUUGAACUGGCCGAAAAUUCGCACAUGUAUGGCAGCAAAGGCGAGUUUGCUUUUAUACCCGUUGCGGUAGGAUUUCUGUUUGGCGCUAUUUUUGUAUACGGUACCGACAAAGUCAUCUCUUACUUGGGCAUUAACAGCCCAACGAUGAUGAUUGCUCUUACCAAUGCCAACAAAGACAAGGCAGAUAUUGCUAUGGAUGAUCAAGUCUCUGCUGAGCAUGGCAAAAGCUCAUACGCUGGAAUGGCACCAAAUCCUGCAGAUCAUUCGUUAGCAAUCGGAAUGGACAGCUUUGCAGACUGCCUUAAUGCACAGCACGGUAGCGUGUCUCGGAAGCGAAGGAAGGGUAGCGCUACGACAUCGGUCAAGGAACAGGCUGUGUAUACAAACAACAGCCAAAGUCAGUUGGACGCACAGUUGUCGCAGUGGAAACGAAUUAUGCUGUUGGUGGUAGCGAUCACAGUGCACAACAUACCAGAAGGUUUAGCCGUAGGCGUUAGUUUUGGUGCAAUUGGAACGACCGAGUCGGCCACAUUUGAAGCAGCUCGCAAUCUGGCGAUUGGCAUUGGUAUACAGAAUUUCCCAGAGGGCUUAGCAGUGAGUUUACCGCUACAUGCUGCUGGGUUUAGUUUGGGGAAAAGCUUUUGGUACGGGCAGCUUUCGGGCAUGGUGGAACCUAUAUUUGGAGUGCUCGGGGCAGUUGCUGUCAGUGUCGCCACCAUCAUACUGCCAUAUGCCUUAUCGUUUGCCGCUGGCGCCAUGAUUUACAUAGUAGCCGACGAUAUUCUUCCGGAAGCACAUGCCAGUGACAAUGGACUAAUAGCAACGUGGGGUACGAUCGCAGGCUUCGUAGUAAUGAUGUGUCUAGAUGUGGGGCUUGGAUAAGACGGAUCUGAUGGAGAUGUAUGUAGUCUGAGUUUUAUGGGAAUGACUGCGUUCUGGAUGACGGAACGCUGCAUCUGGAUUGAACGAGCCAGUGUCUACUAAAUGGUACUUGAUUCUAAGUAUUAUAAUGAAUUGUGAAUUAUAUUUUUUGUUCCAAUCACUCACUUGAUUAUGGAUCAGUGUAUAGAUUUUAAUUUAAUUUUUUAUCGGCACACUACAAAUCAGAAACAUAGUGCUUAAAUAAACAUCUAAUUAAUGCUGAUUAUAGCGGUAUAAUUUUAA